AUGGCUUCCAGGGCUGGUGGAUCCAUAGGCCGAGGUGCAGGCAGGGCUCAGGGCAGCGCACCGGGAUCUCCACCACGACCUAUGCAGGGGCGAGUAGGGGAUGGACCGGGAGGAGCCGGCGCGAUCUUCGUUGGGGGGUUGCUUACUGUACCGGCGCCGACCUCUCGUCGCUCUUUCCGUUACGACGGCCCUCGACCCCCUCCUUCGGGGCAGACGCCGACGCAGCCGGAGAGCGGCAGCGAGGAGGAGGAUAAGGAGGAGGAUGGUGAGGGCGAGAAGGAGGAGGACACUGAGGGGAGCGGGGAUGACAGCGAGGCGGCGUGGGACCCAGAGACGCAUGGCGAUGGGGAGGGGGGAGAUGAUGAUGAUGAAGACCACGAGAUGGAUGGGUUGGAGCCAGAGGGGCGGGAGGAGGAGGUGGGAGAGGGUGGUGGAAGGGCGGCGACAGAGGCGGGAUCACAGCAUGUGCGUGAAGGGGGAGGGAGCGUGGGGGUUAAGGUGGGGGGGAGAAAGGCCGUGACCAUUAGGGAGCCGAGGCAGAGGAAGAAGGCCAACAAGUUGAGGGAGCGGGCGUAUCCCUGCACGUUCACUGGGGAGUCCUUGGGCGAGGGUGUAAUCGCUCCCGAGUUCCUAGACGAGGACGGAGAGUCCGAGAGUAGUAAGGGGACUGGCAAGGGUAAUAGGAAGCCGGGGUGGCAAGUAAUGAUGUUCGGACCGUUAGGGGCAGACGAUAAGUGUCAGUGCAAGAUUUGCACAGACAGGAUUUCGUGGAAGCAAUCCACAACAACCCCCGGCGAGCGGCACUUUGCGAGCUUCCACACUGCGCACAUGCAUGUGUGGCAUCACCGUUACCACACCCCGUCCGUUCACUUGCCAGGGGAGACGUUUCCACGUGGGGGCUACAAGGGAGUGCCGGAUGGCUACGUCUAUCAGUGGCCACAUGCCAAGACUUGGCCGCAGCUCGCCAAGGGGAAAGGGAUGGCGACUGGUGGAGGUCAUGGGUCAGGCGGGAUGGAGCGGUGGAUGACAACCAAACUGACCUCGGUGCAGCUACGGCAGGCGAUCACGAAGCUGGUGGUCACCUGCGACCUCCCCUUCCGCAUCGUCGAGGCCGAGGCUAUUCAUGAGCUACUCAUCCUGCUAAACCGCAACUGCGCGCAGAAGAACUUCAUCCCCUCGCGCUGGACGGUUUCCCGCGAUACAGUGGUCUAUGCGGCUGCCGCUCUUCAGUCAGCCAUUGCGGAGAUGCUGGCGAAGGAGGGGGAUCUGGGGUGCAGGGUGUCGUUCACCAUCGACAUGUGGACGUCGCCCAACAAGAGGGCGUGGCUAGUGGUAACGGGUCACUGGAUCGACGAGAAUUACCAGCUGCGCACAAUGGUGUUUGAAUUCCGCGAGAUUCACGGGCGUCACACGGGCAAGCAGAUGGCGAGGGUGGUUGAGGAGACUGUGGUGCAGUGGGGGUUGGAGACGCGUUGUCUUGGGUUCACCUCAGACAACGCCUCCAGCAACACUGCCGCUUUCAGGUGGAUGUCGGAGGAGGGUGGUGGCCAGUGCUUCUUCAACUCGCGCAUGCACUUCCGGUACGAAAGGGAGUGUGCGUGGGAUGUGCGAUGA